AUGGACUAUGUAGUGUGCAAUCCUGCCACUGAGAAAUGGGUGGUCGUUCCCGACUCCGGCUGGUCUAGCAAGGCUACAUAUUACAAGGCGAGGAUCGCUCGACUGGGGUUCGACCCAGCCGUCUCCUCCCACUUCCAUGUGUUUGAGUUCAUACCAGAUGAUGUUUGGUAUAUGGACAACGAACAGAUGGAAAACAGUUUUGAUGGAAGGAUUGAGGCAGUGGCCAUUUACUCCUCCAAAGCUGGAGUUUGGAGUUUACACAAGGACUAUUCUGAAUGGGGUGGUCAUUUUGCAAUGCCCAGGGAUUCAAAAAGUGUAUUUUUCAAUGGGGUUCUGCAUCUGACUACUUUUUAUGGCAUGGUAGUACCCAUUGACGUGGAGGGAAAUAUUUUGAGAGGCAUCCCUAUUCCUUUGCCAGACUAUGAUGAAUAUAAUCCUGGUGGUGUUUACGUAUCUCAGGGUCAAUUGUAUUUUUCAUCUAUGUACAAAUCUGAUAAAUCUAAGGACUAUGAACUAUCAGUCUGGGUUCUGGUGGACUACAAUAGUGAAAAUUGGUCUUUGAAGCUCAGUGUCAACCCUCUGCAUCUGCUUGGAGCAUUUUACCAUUCCAAGUUUGGAUAUGAUUUCAGUGUUAUAUCAAUCCAUCCAGACCACGAUAUGAUUUUCAUGGUUUGUGGGACAGAAAACAGUAAUGUCUUAUGA